AGAAGGACCCAGAGGAAGUUUGUUCUACAGCACUCAACUGUGAAGAACACAAAAGGAAAGAUGACUGGCAAGCUGAAGAGAUUUUGGUUUCUCCUGGUCAUUAUCCUCAACGAAAUAGCAUCAACCACACCCUGCAGUACUUUCAACUGUCUCUUGUCGACGACCUGCAGAUGCAACAGUAAAGACCUUACCACUGUUCCUCAGAAACUGCCACGACGUAUUACUGAACUUUACUUAAAUACCAAUGAUAUUGCAACCAUCCAUCCAUCUUCUUUCUCAAGGUACAGGCGUUUAAUAAAACUAAAUCUGUCACAAAACCGAAUAACUUCUGUUCCUGCUGGUACAUUUUCAGGUUUACCAGAUCUCAAAGAGUUACACCUGUCCUCCAACAAAAUAACUACUAUUCAGCGUGGUGCAUUUACCAAUCUACUACAGCUCCAGAAGUUGUACCUAAAUACCAACAACAUAAACACAAUUCAGUCUGAGCCAACCAUUCUAAGCUUUCGCAGGGUUGACAAUGACACAUCGGUGCAGGAGGAGACUCUUCAUUUGGUCUGUGAAGUUUCAGGUAUGCCUAAACCAGACAUCACAGUCACCCUCCCAUCUGGACCAAACACAAAUGCUAUGUCAGGAGGGAGGGUGACUGUGGAGGUGAAGAAUACCACAGCUACAGUCACCAUAACAGGUGUUACUGCAGCAGACGCUGGUCAGUACAUCUGCAUAGCAACAAAUCCAUCUGGCUCUGCAUCUGCCACUCUCUCUUUCAUCUCUACCUGGCUCUACACCAGGUCCUUCAGAACACCUUCCGUCUUCUAA